AUGCAUACACCUCCGCGUGUCACUGUGACGUCAUUAUGUUUCAGGUACGGACUGUGUCGCCGGGUGUCAGAUGUCCCGUCGUGUCAGGAUGACGAGGUUGCGUCACGUACUGUCAUCGAGGCAGAGAACUUUGACAAGAAAAACUACACUGAGGUCCAGUGCCGAUGUAUUUCUGGUAUUCUGCAAGGCGAGGCUUACGUGUUGGUCGACUAUGAAAACUUCGGAGUUGACAAGGGCAAGGUCGGCGUGCAUUCCCGGAUGUGCGAUAGUGAUGUCCCGAUGCCAGAAGGCGAGCAUGACGUGGCUGAAAUGAGAGACUAUAAGAGAGGACUUGAUCAUGGACUAAGCAGCUUCUAUAAGCGAGCCAUCCACAGCGGCAUGAGCAGUUUCUAUAAGCGCGGAAUCGACAACGGCGUGAGCAGCUUCUAUAAGCGUGGAAUCAACAACGGCAUGAGUAGCUUCUACAAGCGGGACCGUGGAAUGAGCAGUUUCUACAAGCGAGCCAGAGAAAACGGAUUGAGCAGCUUUUACAAACGAGCCCCCAUGCGACACGUGAGCAAUUUCUACAAAAGGGAUUUAGACCACGUAAGCAGUUUCUAUAAGCGAGCACAAGGUGAUGGGCAAAGCAGCUUCUACAAGCGGGGAGUAAAUGAAGGAAUGAGUAGUUUCUACAAAAGAGGUGUCAAUGGUGACCUGAGCAGCUUUUACAAACGUGCCCCUGGGAGUGACCUCAGCAGUUUCUAUAAGCGUGCUCCUGGAGGUGACGUCAGCAGUUUCUAUAAGCGUGCUCCAGGAGGUGACCUCAGCAGUUUCUAUAAGCGUGCCCCUGGAGGUGACGUCAGCAGUUUCUAUAAGCGUGCUCCAGGAGGUGACGUCAGCAGUUUCUAUAAGCGUGCUCCAGGAGGUGACGUCAGCAGUUUCUAUAAGCGUGCUCCUGGAAGUGACGUCAGCAGUUUCUAUAAGCGUGCUCCAGGAGGUGACGUCAGCAGUUUCUAUAAGCGUGCUCCUGGAAAUGACCUCAGCAGUUUCUAUAAGCGUGCUCCUGGAAGUGACCUCAGCAGUUUCUAUAAGCGUGCUCCUGGAAAUGACCUCAGCAGUUUCUAUAAGCGUGCUCCUGGUGCCGACGUCAGCAGUUUCUAUAAGCGUGCUCCUGGUGCCGACGUAAGCAGUUUCUAUAAGCGUGCUCAAGGAGGUGACCUCAGCAGUUUCUAUAAGCGUGCACGGGAUAAUGGAAUGAGCAGUUUUUACAAGCGUGGUAGGGAUGAUGUCAGUGGCUUCUAUAAGCGGUCUCCUGAAAAUGAUCUCAGCAGCUUCUACAAACGCGCAGCAGGAGGUGACCUUAGCAGCUUCUAUAAGCGGUCUGCUGGAGAUGACCUAAGCAGUUUCUAUAAACGUGCCCCCGGAGACGAUCUCAGCAGCUUCUAUAAGCGUGGCUUUCAGGACAGCAGUUCUUUCUACAAGCGUUCUCGCGGAGACGGACUAAGCAAUUUCUACAAGAGAGCACGCGACGACGUGAGUGGAUUCUAUAAACGGGGACUCAGUAAUGGCCUAAGCAGCUUCUACAAGCGAAGCGUUAACGACGGAGUAAGCAGUUUCUACAAGCGCGGACUAAGCGAUGUGAACAGCUUCUACAAACGGGGCGACGACAACAACCUGAGCAGUUUCUACAAGAGAAAUGGGGAUAAUCUCAGCAGUUUUUACAAACGCGCACGAAAUGAUUUAAUGGGCUUCUACAAGCGCAGCGGGGACGACAGCAACCUCAGCAGCUUUUACAAGAGAGCACGUGACGAAUUAUCUGGUUUCUACAAACGUGGCCUUAAUGACGUCAGCGGAUUCUACAAGCGGAGUCCAGCAGAGCUUAGCUCCUUCUACAAGAGGAUGGCAAAUGGCCUCAGCCGCUUCUACAAGAGGUCAAAUGAAGAUCUAAGCGGAUUCUACAAACGGGACACGGACGUCAGAGAAGACAACGAACUUGAAAAUGUGGCUGACAAACGAUCACGUGACGACGUGAGUGGUUUCUAUAAGAGAGGACUUAGUAAUGUCAGUAACUUUUAUAAGCGAGACGAAAGCGAGGCUUUAUGACGUUACCUAGGAUAGGUCCACGUGACCCGAGGUACAAGCUCUGAACUGCAAACAGGCACAGAGUUGAGGAGUGGAAUUUUGCAAUGUGUUCUCUGGAUUAAAAACAUGGAAACUAUUUAUUCUAUCAGUGUUAUAUUACUAUUUUCAGAAGAUACUUCUUACAAAAUAUGACACUUGUUACGGCAACACUAAUGCGAAACUUGUGAAAAUCAUGAGCAUAAUAAUAUCAUAUUUUAACAUACCAUAAUAAACAAACCAGCUGUGAAAUAUACCUGAAUGCACUGUGAUACAAAUUUGUGUGAUAGUUUUGAAAUAGUAAAUUAAGUCAACAUUGUA